UAGAUCAAACACAUUUUUGGCGGGAAGCGUUUACAUUUUCAUUAUUUUCCCCGCAUUUCCCAGCAAACAGCGUCUUUAACAACACCUUUGGCAAGCAGCUGUCUCGAUUUAUUAUUCAUUGUUGAUAACACAAAAGAACCAAGCGCAAAAUGGCUCGCCGAGACUAUGCUCAAGAUCGAGAAUCCAUCAAGACCUUUUUGUCGGAAUUCUGCAAAUGCGAUGAUGAUGGCAAGAAGCAGUUUGUCUACGGAUCGCAGUUGGUGAAGUUGGCGCACCGGGAACAAGUAUUAAUCACCAUCGAUCUGGAUGAUCUGGCGGAGUUCAAUGAGAGUCUCUCCGAGGCGGUGAUCGACAACUGCCGCCGUUAUGCGGCCAUUUUCAGUGAUGUGAUUGCUGAACUUCUGCCCAGCUACAAACAGCAGGAAGUCCACGCUAAGGACGCCCUGGAUGUCUACAUUGAGCAUCGUCUGAUGAUGGAGUCCCGUACUAGGAAUCCUAUGGAGCAGCGCGACGAGCGGAACAGCUUCCCCUCUGAGCUGAUGAAGCGAUUCGAGGUGGGCUUCAAACCCCUGUCCACAGAGAAGGCGCACUCCAUUCGCGAAGUUAAAGCCCAGCAUAUUGGUAAGCUAGUGACUGUACGCGGCAUUGUGACCCGUUGCACGGAAGUCAAACCCAUGAUGGUGGUGGCUACCUAUACCUGCGAUCGUUGUGGUUCGGAGACCUAUCAGCCCGUGAACUCGCUUUCGUUUACUCCCGUGCACGAUUGUCCUUCGGAUGAUUGCCGUGUGAACAAGGCGGGAGGCAGGCUAUAUCUGCAGACUCGUGGUUCCAAGUUCGUUAAGUUCCAGGAGGUCAAGAUACAGGAGCACAGUGACCAGGUGCCAGUGGGCCACAUUCCACGCAGCAUGACCAUCAUGUGCAGGGGUGAAGUCACUCGCCAGGCCCAGCCUGGAGAUCACAUUGUGGUCUCUGGAGUGUUCCUGCCGUUGAUGCGUACUGGUUUUGCCCAGAUGAUCCAGGGCCUGCUGUCAGAGACAUUCCUUCAAGCUCACCGCAUCAUCUGUAUCAACAAGAAUGACGAAAUCUCAGACAAGGAUGCAGAGCUGACUCCAGAUGAGCUGGAGGAGUUGGCCCAGGAUGACUUCUAUGAACGCCUGGCUACCAGCUUGGCCCCCGAAAUCUACGGCCAUUUAGAUGUCAAAAAGGCUCUGUUGUUGCUCCUCGUUGGAGGAGUCGACAAACGCCCCGAUGGCAUGAAGAUUCGUGGUAAUAUUAACAUCUGCCUGAUGGGAGAUCCUGGUGUAGCCAAGUCUCAGCUGCUGGGCUACAUCAGUCGUUUGGCUGUCCGUUCGCAAUAUACCACUGGAAGAGGAUCCUCGGGAGUGGGUCUGACUGCUGCGGUGAUGAAGGAUCCGCUUACAGGCGAAAUGACCCUGGAAGGAGGAGCUCUGGUUCUGGCGGAUCAAGGUGUCUGCUGCAUUGACGAGUUCGAUAAGAUGGCAGAUCAGGAUCGUACAGCCAUUCACGAAGUGAUGGAACAGCAGACCAUCUCGAUAGCCAAGGCAGGCAUCAUGACUACGCUAAAUGCUCGCGUUUCCAUCCUGGCCGCUGCUAAUCCCGCCUUCGGACGCUACAACCCUCGUCGUACUGUGGAGCAGAACAUUCAGCUACCCGCAGCCUUACUCUCGCGUUUCGAUUUAUUGUGGCUCAUCCAGGACAAGCCAGACCGGGACAACGAUCUGCGACUGGCCAAGCACAUUACCUAUGUGCACAGUCACAGCAAACAGCCGCCCACUCGUGUCAAGGCUUUGGACAUGAAUCUUAUGCGGCGCUAUAUUAAUCUGUGUAAGAGGAAGAAUCCAACCAUUCCGGAUGAGCUCACUGAUUAUAUUGUGGGUGCCUAUGUUGAGCUGCGUCGGGAGGCACGUAACCAGAAGGAUAUGACCUUUACCUCGGCUCGUAACUUGCUGGGAAUCCUGCGUCUGUCUACCGCUUUGGCUAGGUUGCGUCUUUCCGACAGCGUGGAGAAGGAUGAUGUGGCUGAGGCGCUGCGUCUACUAGAGAUGUCCAAGGACUCGCUUAACCAAAUCCAUGAGCACCAAAAGGGACAUGUUCCCAACACUUCGGAUCGCAUUUUCGCCAUCGUUCGCGAGCUCGCGGGCUCAGGAAAGGCAGUCAAGAUCGGCGACAUCAUGGACCGCUGCACCACGAAGGGCUUCAAACCUGACCAAGUGGACAAAUGCAUCGACGACUACGAGGAGCUCAAUGUCUGGCAAGUCAACAUGGGACGCACGAAGAUUACAUUUAUGUAGAUUCCUCCUUUUAUAUUUUAAAAUUUAAAUUAGUUCUUUAGUUUUUGUCUCUUUAUCGCAAAUCGUUACCAUUAUUCCGCAUUCUUAUACAUUGUCACUUUACCAUUUAUCAUUGUCAUAAAUAAAUUAGAAUUUUGUAUUUGACUAAA